AUGCCCCAGAUGAAUCCGCUUUCUGGCUCGUACUCCCAGCUGCAGCCGCAGCCGGGUCAGCCAGUCUCUCCCACCAACGCUGUGGUACGUCCUGGACAGGGCAGCUUUCAAUUGCAGCGACCGGUGGGGAGCAUCGGUUCGAUGGACACUGCACCGAAGGUUAUGGGGCAGCCCGGGCAGGGAAUGAGGACGAUGCCGGCGAAUGCUUCCAUGGGCGCGUCCCGAGAACAGGCACUUCAGCAGCGUGUGGCCGAGUUGGAAGAAGCCCUCAGAGGCAAGGACCAGGAGAUCAAGGAGCUGCAAACGGCGCUCAGCCGGGCAGGUAUCAAGCUUCCUUCUUCCUUUGCCAAGAAGGCCAAAGCACGAGAGAAGGUCGGCAGCGGGGGCUUUCGCAAAGUAUCACAGUCCCAACCAGCAGUGCCCUAUGAAGCUGUCGACCAGGAGGAUCCGAUCGACCUCCGCUUGGAAGAGUUUUACAACGGCACAGGUUCAGCAAUUCCUUUCCAGAGGAUCAACCGUGGGUUUUAUCGCUUUGGGGAGACCAUCGUGGAGCUGAACAUCAUUAACCAUAAGCUUAUGGCACGGACAGAGGAUGGGUGGAAUCGAAGCAAGUUCGGUCCCAUUGAGAAGUUCCUCAUGUACUAUGAGAACAUCGAGCGGGAAAAGGCUGGCAUCCUCUUGGAGCCCUGA